CUCCUUUUAGUUUCCAUCACAUAAGGUAAAAACAAAGUUAUACAAUGGAUAAUUUCAUUGAUUUAUCAGGAUUUGGCAGAAAGAAUGCUGUUAUAAACAUCUAUAAAGAUAAGUUCAGGGAAGUUUUAAGCGAUGAAGACGUUUUAAAAUUCGUACUUGAGUUAAAGGAGAGGAAAUUUUUAACGGAGAGUUUUAUUGAAGAAAUUCAAAGAAAUGUCGAUACGUCAACAUUUCUCAAUUUACAUUGCUUUAAUGUACUCUUUCAAAAACUUCUAUAUUUGGAAACUCUAGAAGUUACGGAUUCUUUAUCGUCGAUAAGAAAUUUUGAAUAUAAAAACUUGGCCAAUCUAAUCAACGGAACUUGGCUAAACGCCGCCGAAGCUAUUACUGAAAAUGCCAAAAAGAAGUUUUCAAUUGUAUCAACUUCGCUAUUCGAAAAAGACACUCAAUCGAUAGAGGAUUUAUCCAUUCCUAUGACAAUUAUUGGAUUAAAGACUGUUGGCAAUCAACAGGAAAUUAUUGAUGGUUUUGAUGAUAGUAAUUACAUAGUAUCUGUCUUAAAGGAUGAUUAUAAAAGAAUUCUUAUACAAGGCCCGCCGGGAAUGGGCAAAACAAUACACGCUUAUAGCUUAAUUAUGCUGUGGGUUCGUCGUGCGUAUCAUAUGAUUAGAAUUGAAAUGAUUCUUCACCUAUCAUUAGACAAAAUUACCAAAAAACAAAGUUUAAUGGACGCUAUUUGGGAGCAAAAUUUUUCACAAGUUCCCUGGCUAACUAAAGAAAUAAUGAUACAUUUAUUAAAUGAAAAAGCGUCUAAUACGAGAGCGUCUAGAAAUAUUAUUUUAUUUUUAGAUAGCGCUGAUCAAUUUCAGUUAGUCGAUAAUGAGAUUUACGAUUUAAUUGAAGGGAAGGAUUUUCCAUUUCCAAUAGUUGUUUGGUCUAGAGAAUGGAGAGCCGUACAAAUAAGAGACAAUUUCGAUGCAGUUUUCCAAUUAAACGGCUUUCACGAUAGCCAAUUAGAAAAUUAUUUAAAUCUUCAGCUGGAAGAAAACAGAGGAGCCGAAAUUAUUGAAUAUAUACAACUAAAAAAGAUCGAUCCAUCAUUUUAUUCAACUCCGUUGUUUGGAUUUUUAAUUAGCAAAAUAUGGAAGGAAAAGGAAGGAACACUACCGGAAAAUAAAUUCUCAAUUUACGAGCAGUUUAUUCAAAUCAUAUGCAAAAAGAAUAGAGUCGAUACAACUUCAAAUGAAUUUAAAUCCGUUUUCAAAUACUUCUCAAAGAUUUCUUUCGAUACAAUCAAUAAAGACAGAAUUAUACUAAGUGACGCCUUCCAAAGUAAAGAUGGAAUGAUGCUUGAAAAAGGAAAUGAUUACUUUAACGGCCUUUUAUAUAUAAUUAACAAUAAUUUACAAUUGCCAACCGCAACAUGCGAGAUAAAAUUUAUUCAUUCAUCCAUUCAAGCAUUCUUUGCGUCUAAUUACGUUAUUAAACGCCUUAACUCGUUUACAAAUCAACAAAAUUUUACAAACUAUUUGCAAACGUUAUUUAAUAAUGAAAAGGAAUUUAUUGGAAAUUAUUUAAACGUUAUGGACUUUGUCAAAUAUAAAGAUGAAAGAGCCUAUAAUCGAAUCAUUACAGAUGUGGGUCAAUUAAUAGGAUCAAAGGAUUUAAUAGUUAAAAGAAAAGGAUUGAGCGCUUUAAAAUUGAAUAAGAAAAAAAUUUCAAAUCGAUUAUUGAUUACUAUUAUAAAACAACGGUGGAAAUCGAUUGAAGAAUUAUCGUUUAAACACGUUCAAUUCGAUUGGAAUUGUUUUACAAAUUUAUCAUUGAAUAUGCUUUAUUUUAAUCUAAAAUCAUUCGAAAUGGAAGGAUGCAUUGAAAAUAGCGAAAAUAAACAUCAAUUAAGUGGAAUUAUCAAGAAAUUUAACAAAUUAAGAAUUAUUAAAGUCUAUAAUAACAUUGUUGAAUACGAUACUAUUCAAAUUUACCUUCAAUUAGUAUUUUACCUAUGUAAAUUUAUUAAUAAUUUAAAAGGUAUAUUACUAACUAACGAUUUCCAAAAGAGCUCUCGUCUUAUCAACUUUAUUCGUAUGGUAUCCGACAAACAAUUCAAUUCUAUCGAUAAAAAUGAACAUUUAAUAACUUUACAACAAUUAAUUGGACAGUUAGAAUUUCUAUUGAAAAGUAAUGAUAAAAAUAUUGAAAUUAACAGGAAAUCAGUAGAAAUUAUGAAGAAUAUUAGAAAUAAUCAGCUCUGCAAGAAUAACGAUUUGGAUUUUUUCCUACGAAACAAUUAUAUGCAAAAACUUCUAUUAGAACAGAAUAUUUCGAUAGCCAAUUAUGGUUAUUAUUACAAAUUAUGCAAAUUGAAAUUAUGCAAAUUAGAUAGCGACGGAGUUGUUAACUUUUCAAAAUCUUUGGAUAACUUUAAAACUUUGCAAAUAUUUCAAUUUUCGAACAAUUUCGUUGGUGAUAUUGCAGCUAAAAUCCUAUUUAAGAUAUUAUCCAACUUUCAAGAUGAUUUAACCGAAUUGAACAUUCAAAAUACAUAUUUUACUAUAGAAUCUAUUCAGGAAUUAUUGGCUGUUAUUGAAAAGCAAAGACAUUUGUCAGCUUUAAACAUAUCGGAUAAUUGGAUUAGUGACAAUGGAGCAAUAAAAAUAUUUAAUACCUUAUCUAAAUGUUCAUCGGCAUUAACAAGUUUUAACGUAAGCAAUUGUGGUUUUGGUAUUCCUGGAGCAAAGAAAUUGGCCGAGUCAUUUAGACUAUUUUCUAAUAGCUUAAAAAUUCUAAACAUUUCCGGUAACAGUAUUAAGGACGACGGUGCAGUCGCUGUAUUUAAAUCUCUGAAACAAUGCAAACAUUUAGAGGAACUUUAUAUAGAAAACUGUGAUUUUGGUAUUAUUGGCUUAGAGAGUCUUGCAAAGCUCAUUGGUGAUUCGUCGAAUUUAAGAAUAGUUAACAAGUUAGAUGAAUUAACCAAAUUUAAUGGAAAUACUCAAUUAAAUGAUUUUUCUUCCUUAAUUAAUUACAUCACUGAAAAUAUGAGCAUGUGGACUGAUAUAAACUAUCCUAUAACUUUGGAAAAAAUUCCAUUCUUGGGCAAAGCUUGUAAACUUCUAGGAGAUCAAACAGCUAUAACUUUUAAGGAUGAUUUAUCCGAAGAUCAAUGGAGUGCCGUAAUUAUUGCUUUGAAAAAUUUUGCUCAUAUUAUUACUACUCUUAAAAUAUCAACAAAUCUACCAAGAGGAAGAAAGAUAGGAGAAGUGUUCCUUCAUUUAUCAAAUUUAUCACUUCUUGACAUAGGGAAUAUAAAGAUUAAAGACGAAGGAGCAAUGAACUUAUUUAGAUCGGUGUCAAAAAUUAAUAAAAAUCUUACUGAAAUAUACGCCUACAAUUGUGGAUUUAGUGUGGAAGGUACAAAUGCCCUAUCGAAGGCUAUAUCAAACUUACCGCAGUUGGAAAUAUUAAGCAUCUAUGGAAAUCCGAUUACAGAUUUAGGAGCGAAAUCUCUUUUUGAAGUUAUAGGAGAGUUUAAUGAGAAAUUAAUAUCUUUGGACAUCAAUAAAUGCCAAAUAACGGAAAAAGGAGCUUUAAAGAUUGCUGAUGCUCUAAGUAAACUUAAGGUUUUAAAAAACUUUAUUUGCAAUGAUAAUCCAAUACAAGACGAAGGUUUAAUUGCAAUUUCGGAUGCUCUAUCAAUAGGAAGUGGUACUGUAGAAAUCAUAGGAUUAAAAAACUGUGGUUUCGGUUAUAACAGCGUUACAAAACUAGCAAAUGGUUUGAAAAACUUGACAAAUUUACGAAUUUUAUUUAUCAAUUUCAAUGGAAUAGGAGAAAAUGGUAUAAAAUGUUUACAGACUGUCAUUUCCGAAUCAAAAUCUCUAAAAGCAUUAUACAUUGGUAAUACCGGAUUGAAUACUAAUGGAGCUGAGUGUUUAUCAUCCUCUUUUGAACAUUUAUCAAAUUUAACUGAAUUGUCUCUUCCCAAUAACACGAGCAAAGAUCAAGGAUCAAUCGCUCUAUUCAGAGCUAUAUCAAAGUUUAAUCAUAAUCUCGUCAAAUUGGACGUAAAAAAUAGCCUCUUUGGUCCACCUGGUGCUCUUGAGUUGUCAGAAACGCUUCAAUACCUUGAAAAAUUACAAACACUUGUUUUAGAAGGUAAUAAUAUCAAAGAAGAUGGAGCUGUAAGCAUUUUUAGAGCUUUAGCAUCUUCAAAUGCAAAUUUAAACGAACUAUUAAUAGGUAAUUGUGGCUUUGGUCUUAUUGGAGCAGCUGAACUAUCAUUGGCUCUACGGAAAAUGCCCAAAUUAAAAACCCUUUCCCUAUCCAAUAACAAUUUAACUGAUAAGGGAAGUAUUGAAAUAUUUCAAGGGAUACUAAAUACAAACCAUAACCUGAAAGAUCUGUUAAUAAAGAAUUGUGGUAUUCGAUCGAACGGAAUUAUAAUCCUUGGGCAGACUAUUAAAAAACUACCUCUUUUGGAAACUUUAGAUAUUCAGGAUAAUCAUUUGGACGAAGUUGCUGCAUGCUCCUUCUUUUCAUCGAUAUCUCCUGUAAGCUAUUCCAUGCAAAAGUUAUAUAUUAAUAAUUGUAAUCUUGGACCUAAAUCUGGUUUAGAAUUGAUAAAAUCAUUGGAAUAUUUACCUAAUCUUCACAGUUUAUACAUUAACGAUAAUCCAUUCAAAGAUAAAGUAAUUUCUAAUUUCCUUACUAAAAUAUCUGAAUUAAACGAAAAGCUAGUGGAGUUGAAUGUAAGCAAUUGCAAUUUUAGUUCGUGUGGCAGUCAGAAAAUCAGUAAAGUAAUUAAGAAGCUACCCAGACUUUCCUUUUUGGAUUUUGGAGGGAACUGUAUACCAUACCAAGUUGUAAAGUUAAUAUUGGAUGAAAUAGAAGAAACGGGUAUAGAUUUAGACUCUUUAAACCUAACUAAUUGCCAGCUUAAUAGUCACAUUAUAAAAAAAAUAGUAAAUACGCUAAAAGCUUUACCCAAUCUUCAUCGAAUAAUAUUCCAUAAUGUCCUAUUCGAGGAUAACGAAGCUAAUCGUUUAUUUAGCAUUAUUUCUCAAUUCAAUACGAAUUUACAAGAGAUAUCUUUAAGACAUUGUAAUUUAAAUUCUACAAAGGCCGAUGAAUUGUCAAAGAUGCUAAUGAAUUUGAUUGAUUUAGUAGCCAUUAAUUUCGAUUCAAAUUAUUUAAUGGAAGAGGUGGCGAAUAAGGUUUUCUCUUCCAUUUACUCGGAGAAAAUUAUACUCCUCUCUUUAGAAGAUUGCCAUCUGGAAGUUAACGAGGCAAUUAAAUUAGGUGAUACACUUAAAAAUUUUCAAAAUUUGAAAAGACUUAACCUGAAUAAUAAUAGUAUCAAGGAGGAAGGAGCGAAGGCUAUAUUUAAUACCAUAUCUGAAAGUAAUCUAAAAUUAGAAGAAUUAGAGAUUGGUAACUGCUCUUUUGGACUUGCUGCAGCGAAAUCUUUAUCUUCUACAUUAAAAAAUUUACCAGAAUUGAGGAUUUUAAACUUAAAUAAUAACCUCAUCAAAGACGAAGGAGCCUAUAAAAUCUUUAAAGUCUUCUACGAUUUUAAUAAUAAGUUAUCAGAGAUUAGUCUAGAUGGAUGUCAGUUCGGAUGUUCGACAGCAAUAAAAUUGGCUAAAACUUUAAGAAGCCUUCCAAAUUUAACAAAGCUAGUUUGCUGUAAUAAUCCUAUUAAAGAUGAAGGAUUAAAGGCAGUAAUUGAAAGUCUAUUGGUGGCAAACAAUAAAUUGUCCCAUUUGGAUGUUUAUAAUUGUGCUCUUACCAAAAACGGAAUUAGAAGGUUAAGUGACAUUCUCCAAAAAUUAAAAUACUUGAGGAAUCUAGUUAUAGGUUCAAAUAGGCUGGAAAAUGAUGGAAUAAAUAUGAUAAGCUACAAUCUUUCAAGCGAAGCUAUCUUACAGAAAUUAAUCUUAAAUGACUCAUCUUUCGGUUCUUUGGGAGCGAGACAUUUGGUCUCUUCUUUAAAGUACUUUACUAAUCUUUCAGAGUUGAAUUUAUCGGAUAAUCCAAUUAAAGACGAUGGUAUUAUUGCAAUAUUUACUAAAAUUUCUCCAAAACACUUGGAAAAGCUAUAUUUGGAAAACUGUAAUUUUGGCAAACUAGGCGCAAUCGAAUUAUCCAAAUGUCUUAGUCAUUUAAAAGAAUUAAAAAUAUUAAACAUCAAUCAAAAUCGUAUAAAAGACGAAGGAAUUAUUUCGAUUUUCGAUAUUUUGGCAUCGAAUCAUGAGAAAUUACAAGAGAUUUAUGCUAAAGAUUGCAGUUUCAGUUCAAAAGCUGCAAUUGAAAUCUCAAAACUAUUGGAAAAUUUUACAGAUUUAAAUCAACUUUGUUUAAGCAAUAAUCGGUUGGAAAAUCGUGGUACAAAAGCCAUUUUUAGUGCAAUCUCAAAAUACAAUCAUAAACUACGAGUAAUCCAAAUGAGUAAUUGCAGUAUCGGCAUAGAUGGCAUUGCGGAAUUUGCAGUUGCGUUACAAAAUUUAACAUUCCUGGAAGAAAUUGAUAUUCAAGCUAAUUUUAUCUAUGAUGAGGGUGCACAAAAGUUUUUCUCCUCCUUUUCCAAGAAAAACACCAAAUUAACUCACUUAAAUGCUAAUUAUUGCAGUUUUACUGAAAAAUCGAUUAAUGAUUUAGCUAAAUCACUAAAAGUCUUAAAAAAUUUAACCUUUCUAUCUCUUAAUGGAAAUCUAGUAAAUGACGCUGGGAUAGUUGAAUUAUUUAGUGAAAUACCUAAAGACUCGGUAAAUUUACGUCACGUUUUGGUUGCUAAUUGUGGAUAUACUGCAAAGGGGGCUUUAAAAUUAGCAGAAGCUGUUAGUCACCUUAAAAAAUUGGAAAUUUUACGCUUUGAAUCAAAUCCAAUUAAAGAGAAUGGUAUAAAGACAAUAUUAUCGAGUAUUGUUGAAGGCAAAAGCAAGCUAAAAGAGUUAGUCCUAUACAAACUGGAAUCGGAGUGUCUAGCUAUUACGGAUGUGGUAAAAGUGUUAAUGGUCAUACCAGAUUUGAAAGAGUUAUACUUAAGUGAUAAUCGUCUUAGUCAUCAUCAUUUGGUCUAUCAAGCUAUUCAGUUAGUUAAUCAUCGAAUAGAAAAAUUAUAUUUAGAAAAUACUAAUAUGCAAGCGAACGAUGUCCAAGAUUUAGUUUACGCUUUGAAAAAUCUGUCAGAAUUAAAGAUUCUUGUAUUAAAUCAUAAUCCAAUCUUAAAUUUGGGAAUUAAAUUAUUAUCGCAAACAAUUAUCGAAUGGAAUCAAAGAUUAGAAGAAUUAUGCUUAAAUAAUUGUAACAUCGAAUUUGCUGGUGUGACUGACCUAAAUGAAGCAAUGAUAAAACUACGUAAUUUAAGGGUAUUAUCAUUAAACGAUAAUAGUCUAACAGAUCAGGGAGCCGAGAAUUUAUUCAAAUCCUUAUCAGUAUGGAAUAUAAACUUAGAAGAGCUGAAUGUGGCAAAAUGCAAUUUUGGCCAUUACGGAGCUAAGAGUUUAGGCAAAAUUUUAAAGAAUCUUUCGAAAUUAAAAAUACUUAAUAUAAGUAAUAAUUUUAUAGAAAAUGACGGAGCGAUAGGGGUGUUCAAUUCAAUUUCGAAUAAUAAUAGCAAUAAAUUGGAAGAAUUAAGAAUAGUAAAUUGCGGAAUUGAAGUAGCAGGUGCAAAAAGUCUGGCAGGUGCUCUAAAGAAAUCACCAAAAUUAAGAAUUCUUUCUAUAAAUGAUAAUUCCAUUAGAAAUGAAGGUUCAUUCGAAAUUUUUCAAGUUUUCUCUAAUAACAACAAGUAUUUGGAAGAACUUUACGCAUCGUCCUGUAAAAUUGGACUUAAUGGUGGAUUUAAAUUAGCAGAAUCAUUAAAACAGCUGGCGUAUCUUAAAGUUUUAUCUAUUGAUAAUAAUUGUUUUGAUGAAGAUUCAUCCUGUUCCAUUCUUUCCUCGAUAUCUAGUCGUAGUAGAAAUAUGGAAGCUUUAUAUUUAAAUCAUUGUAAUCUUGGAUUUUCAGCCGCUUACGAAUUAUCGAAAUCCCUUGGUAAAAUGCCAGAUUUAAGAGAAAUUCGACUGAAUGAUAACCCCAUUAUGGACGAAGGAGCAACCCAUAUAUUUUCAUCCAUAUUGAAAUAUAAUCAUUUGUUAACUGAUUUAAUAAUGAAUUCUUGUCAAAUUGAUGCUCACGGAGCAGUGGAAUUAGCUAAAGCCUUGAGAAAUAUUCCCUAUUUAGAAGUAUUUGACAUAUCCUCUAAUUCGAUCAAAGACACUGGAGCAACUGCUUUAUUUGUGUCCAUAUCUCAGACAAACACUAAAUUGAAUACAUUAGCUGUCAGAGAAUGCGAUUUUACUGUGGAAGCCGCAUUACAAUUGGCAAAAACUCUUAAGAACUUACCAAAUUUGAAGAGAUUAGCCUUUAAUAAUAACUUCAUUGGGGAUAGAGGUUCUUCAUCAAUAUUUUCGUCAGUAUUAAAAACUGAGAAUAAACUUUGCGAACUUUACGUUGAUGGUUGCCAAAUUUCAACCGAAGGAGUAAAACAAUUAGCAGAAAUUGUCCAGAAUUUAAAACAACUAAAAAUCAUUAAUCUUAGUAACAAUAAGAUUAAUGACAAGGGAGCAGCAAAGCUUUUUAGCAUCCUAUCAAAAUCAAAUCGUAAUUUAAAAGAGCUAUACGCAAGUUGCUGUAAUUUUGGUAUUAAGGGAGCCAUUUCCAUGGCGGAAAUGCUUAAAAAUAUUCCAGAUAUGAGAAAAUUAUCAUUUAACGGUAACGAAGUAAACGACGAAGGAGCAAGUGUCCUCUUUAGGACAAUUACGAACUUUAAUAAGAAAUUAGUUAAAUUAGAGGCUGGUAGCUGUAAUUUUGGAUAUGUAACUGCUAUGGAACUGAUGGAGAACCUUGAAAAGUUACCAUCUUUAAGAAUACUCUCAAUACAAAACAACUCUAUAAAAGACGACAAGAUAAACGUUUUAAACAAAACUUUUGCAAAUUCAAAAAGAAAAAUUCAACAGUUCAACGUAUAAAAAAAAU